CAUGCGUUCAAGGCGGUGAUUAGGCUAUUUCUUAUCGCAAAGCGUUAGUCUUGUCAUUGGGUUGUUUUGGAGAAUUUAGACUCAAAAUGACAGAAAAGAAACGAAUAUGUAUCGUAGGAUCUGGAAAUUGGGGUUCUGCUAUAGCCAAAGUUGUUGGAAACAAUGUACAAAAGUUGGAUGAAUUUGAGACAGAAAUCAAAAUGUGGGUGUUUGAGGAGGAGGUGAAUGGCAGAAAACUCACAGAAAUCAUCAACACAGACCAUGAAAAUGUUAAAUACCUUCCGGGCCAUAAAAUACCAGAAAAUGUGAUAGCUCUUGCAGAUCUUGUAGAGUCAGCAAAAGAUGCAGAUAUAUACAUAUUUGUUAUCCCCCAUCAGUUCUUACCUGGAGUUUGUAGCAAGCUGAAAGGAACUGUAAAAAAAUCAUCCAUAGGUGUAUCAUUAAUAAAGGGUUUUGCUAUGAAGGAUGGAGGAGGAAUAGCUCUUAUAUCAUCAGAAGUAGAAAACACAUUAGAGAUACCAUGUGCAGUAUUAAUGGGAGCUAAUAUAGCAAAUGAAGUUGCAUCAGAAAAUUAUUGUGAAGCUACAAUAGGUAUUAGGAAUCGUGAUCAGGGUUUACUAUUGAAGAAAAUGUUUCAAGCAGAUUAUUUCCGUAUUGUUGUCUGUGAAGAUGAAGAUACUGUAGAAUUAUGUGGAGCAUUAAAGAACAUAGUAGCAACAGGAGCAGGUUUUGCUGAUGGUUUAGGAUAUGGAGAUAACACAAAGGCAGCUGUGAUUCGUCUAGGUCUUAUGGAAAUGGUGAAAUUUUGUGAAAAAUUCUGGCAUGGAUCAACACAGAGUACAUUUUUGGAGAGUUGUGGUGUUGCAGAUUUGGUAACAACAUGUUAUGCAGGAAGAAAUAGGAGAGUGGCAGCUGCUUUUGUAAAAUCAAGAAAGACAAUUGAACAAUUAGAACAAGAGAUGCUCAAUGGUCAGAAACUUCAAGGUCCUCCAACAGCUGAGGAAGUAAACUUUAUGUUGAAGAGCAAAGACAUGGAAGACAAAUUCCCAAUGUUUACUGCAGUUCAUAAGAUCUGUCAGGGUAAACUGCCAGUAGAGGAAUUCAUCAACUGUCUAAAGAACCAUCCGGAACACAUGUAACAAGAACCUCCCCUUCAUAGUUACUUUAUACAUCUGUUGUUCAGUUACAAGGCAACCAGUUUUUAGCAUUUGUUUUAUUUACAAUGUUUUAUUUAUACUAGAAAAAGAGAUGCGUGUAUAAAAAGAGGGUAACUUGUUAUCCUGAAUACUUGAUUCAAGCUAGUCCUUUUUAAGUCCUUUGAAACCUUCUAGAAGCAUGGGACCAUAGUGCCUUUCAGGAUAAAAUUGAGUUAGAUGUGUGCAUGUAUGGCUUUAGCUUUGUUUUCUGUUACAAAACUUUUUGAAUGUAUUAUAUAGAGAUACUGUACCAGUAAAGAAGCAAAGUAUUAAUUAUUUUAGGUAAAGAGCUUUAACAAUUUUAAUCGAAGAAAUUCCUGUUCUCAAAGUUUGGCUUAUUGUUUCUUUAAUUUUCAUUCAAAGGCAAUAUACAAAUGUUCUCAGGGAAACACAGGGAAGGGCCAUAUAUUUUCCAUUAAUUCAAUGACCCUCAAAAGUUAAACCCAGAAGUUAAACCUAAUAGCAUGUGUUUUUAUUUUUAAUUCUAACAAAUAAGAGAAAACUCUCUGAAAAACAGUAUUGCAUGUGGAAACAUCUCUUUUUACAGUAUAAGCAAUGCUCUAGCCUGUUUCUCUAAGAAAACUGUUCCUGAGAUAAUGCUGCAUGCCUGUUUCUUUAAGAAAUAGUUCCUGAAGCAAUGCUGCAUGCCUGUUUCUCAAAGAAAUAGUUCCAGAGGCAAUGCUGCAUGUCUGUUUCUCUAAGAAAUAGUUCCUGAAGCAAUGCUGCAUGCCUGUUUCUCAAAGAAAUAGUUCCAGAGGCAAUGCUGCAUGUUGUUUCCUCUAAGAAAUAGUUCCUGAAGCCAUGCUGCAUGUCUGUUUUU